UUGCGAGGGGCGUUCUCUGAGGGCCCCGCUGCGGCUGCGGUGACAGGGCCGUUCGCGUCCGCGCCCCCGCCUCUGUCCCGGUGCAGCGUCUGCUCGCGGCCUUCGCGACCCGCAGGCCCAACAUGGCGCAGGAGGUGUCGGAGUACCUGAGCCAGAACCCGCGGGUGGCUCUCUGGGUGGAGACGCUGCGCUGCGACGGCGAGACUGACAAACACUGGCGCCACCGCCGGGAGUUUCUGCUCCGCAACGCCGGGGACCUGGCCCCCACCGGCGGCGUCGCUUCCAGCCACACGGAUGAAGCUGCCGACGCCGAGAGCGGGAGCCGCAGUCGGCAGCUGCAGCAGCUCGUCUCCUUCUCCAUGGCCUGGGCAAACCACGUCUUCCUCGGGUGCCGGUACCCUCAAAAAGUUAUGGAUAAAAUACUUAGUAUGGCUGAAGGCAUCAAAGUGACAGAUGCUCCAAUCCAUACAACACGAGAUGAACUGGUUGCCAAGGUGAAGAAAAGAGGGAUAUCGAGUAGCAAUGAAGGGGUAGAAGAACCAUCCAAAAAACGAGGCAUAGAAGGAAAAAACAAUUCUGCAGUUGAGCAAGAUCGUGCAAAAACUUCUGCCAAAACAGAAUAUGCAUCAGCUAAGCAGGAAAACAGUUCAACAUGUACGGGGUCGUCCACCAAAUCGGAGAAUAGUGGGAACUCAAGUCUUAGCUCUGGCAUAUCCUUGAGUGAGACUAUCUCUACAAGUGAUGGGGAUAGACCCAGUUCCAGCCAAAGCAGCAGCAGCAUUUCCUCUCAGGUAACAACGGCAGGGUCUGGAAAAGUUUCUGAAUCAGAAGCUUCAGAUAAACAUGGUUCAGCACUGUUUGUUUCCUCUUUGUUGAAAUCAAGUGUGAAUAGUCAUGUGACCCAAUCCACUGAUUCCAGGCAACAAAGUGGUUCACCUAAAAAGAGUGCUUUGGAAGGCUCUUCAGUCUCAGCUUCUCAAAGCAGCUCAGAGAUUCAGGUGCCCUUGUUGGGCUCCUCCGGAAGCUCAGAAGUAGAAUUGCCACUCUUGUCUUCUAAACCUAGUUCAGAGACAGCUUCAAGUGGGUUAGCUUCUAAAACUAGUUCAGAGGCAAGUGUUUCAUCAUCAAUUUCUAAAAACAGUUCUUCAUCAGGCACAUCCUUGCUAACUCCCAAGAGUAGCUCCUCAACAAAUACAUCACUGCUGACUUCCAAAAGCACUUCCCAGGUAGCUGCAUCACUUUUAGCUUCCAAGAGCAGCCCCCAGACCAGUGGAUCUCUGGUUUCCAAAAGCACUUCCUUAGCAAGUGUGUCCCAGCUAGCUUCUAAGAGUAGUUCUCAGACUAGCACAUCACAGUUGCCUUCUAAAAGUACUUCGCAGUCAAGUGAGAGUUCUGUCAGAGUCUCUUGUUGCAAGUUAACAAAUGAAGAUGUGAAACAGAAGCAACCUUUUUUUAAUAGACUGUAUAAAACGGUAGCAUGGAAGUUGGUAGCUGUUGGUGGCUUUAGUCCCAAUGUGAAUCAUGGAGAGCUCCUAAAUGCAGCUGUUGAGGCUCUCAAAGCAACACUGGAUGUGUUUUUUGUCCCACUAAAAGAACUGGCAGAUCUGCCUCAAAAUAAGAGCUCUCAAGAAAGUAUUGUUUGUGAAUUAAGGUGCAAGUCUGUGUAUUUGGGCACUGGCUGUGGAAAAAGCAAAGAAAAUGCAAAAGCUGUUGCAUCAAGAGAAGCACUGAAGUUAUUUCUCAAGAAAAAGGUGGUGGUAAAAAUAUGUAAAAGGAAAUACAGAGGUGGUGAAAUAGAAGAUUUAGUGCUUCUUGAUGAAGAAUCAAGGCCUGUAAACUUACCGCCAGCGUUAAAGCAUCCUCAAGAAUUACCGUAAUGUGUUCAAAAGAUCACUGCAUAAAAUACCUAGUAUUUGGAGAGAAAAACUGGCUUACUUUUGUACAAUAUAAAACAGGCUUUCACAAAUUUUGUAUUCCUUUUUUCCAGUUUUGCAGAAAAUUUACAUUCUAGUUCUCUUCACAAAGUAGAAAUUGUAAAUAAUUUACAAAUGACAGUACACAUUAAAAGGUAUGCAUUAACAGCAUACCAGUAUGCUGUUUUAUUUGCUGAAGAAAAUACUGUCUUCUAUUUUUAAUGAUGCAUUAGGUACGAUGUGUAGUUCUGUAGUCUUAAAACUUUUGUACUACUUUGAAUUUGGUGAAAAUGUAUUAAGUUGUCUACCAUGCUUUAUUUUUUUUAGCUUGAAUAAAUCUCCACAUGAAAGAAAAGGGGACCACAGUAUUUGAAUGUCUGAAAGUCUGUGAAACUUAAGGUUUUUAGAAUGUUGCCCAUAAUGCUGAACGUCUGUUAAAGAAUAAAAAAAAAAAAAAAAUAGUUGCCUCAAACUAUUUUUAUGAGAAGUUGUAAGCAUUUUUUAGAUAUAAAACCGUAUAAAGUGCUUAAUAUUAUUUUAUUCUAAAAUUGUUUAAAAUUCACCAUGAUUUUGACUGCUGCAGAUUCUUUAAGCAGGUUAAUUUAUGUUUUGAGGUAAGAUACAGUUUACACUUUUUCUUAAAGACGUAAAUGUGGGUUUCUAUAUUAAGCGUAUUUUGUGACUACUAUUAUUAACAGACUGAUUUGUUUAGAUAUUAAAUGCUUUAAGCUAUUUUACCUUUUCAAGAAGUUGUGUUUUUUUUCAUCUUAAGUCAGAACGAAUUCCUGCCAAUAGACUUCCCACUACUAAAAAAAAAAAAAUCACCACCAAGAAAUUUUCAUAGCUGAUAUACAACUUUUUAUGCAUAAGUAGAUUAAAAUUUUCAAAUCUUAAAAUAGAUAGUUUUUGUGUUUACAUAUCUGAUAGAAGAAUACUGGGAGGAAUGGAGAGCCAUGUUCAACUCUAAUCAGUCAGUUCCAUUGAAUUACAUUUGUUGGUGAUGAAAUAGAAUCUUGUUUCUGUGUCUUAAGUGCUUGUGACUAUGUUAAUCUAUUGUGGUAUAAUCUUUUCAUUUUUCUUCAAACUGGCCCAAGAUGUUUUGUCUUUGUGGCCUUAUUUCUAGCUUUCUAGAUGCUGUUUUUAGAGCACAUUAAGCAGCAAUGGUGAUAAGGUAUAUAGAGAGAAAAAUCAAGAAAUCGUCUUCUGUGUGCCAGUUAUAUUUGAAUGGGAAAGUUGACUGAACAUAAGUAGCUCGAGUAUGUAGAAAUUAUUCCUGUUUUAUACUCUAGGAGUAAUGGGCAAGAAUUCCUUAGUUUUUUAUACUUGAAAUGAUCAGGGAGGUUCUUAUUUCACCAGAUGGCCUUUAACAGUGAUUCAUUUUCGAGGAUGUUUAAUUGGAUACCAAAGUUAGAAUCCAUAUUCUGUAAAUGGGUUGCCUUUAUAUAUUGUGGGCAGCAAUAAUGUGACUGUGUUGAGGAAGCACUUUUAAUUACCUCACUUUCCUCAGUGUUGAAAUAUAUAUUUUGUGGGACUGUGAUUACCAGAACAGUGAGCCAAAAAUUAAAAAAUACAUAUUUUACAAUUUCUGGAGAUACUGUGGUGCAGAAGAAACGGUAAAUUUUGGAAUCUGUGUUUCUUGAGAUAGAAUCAACUUCUUUUACUAGACAUGUAAGUUCCGGAAGUUUAACCUUUUAACUUUAUUUGUAAAGUAAGACUAAGCUUCAUCCUAGAGUUAUGAAGAUUAAAUUAGAUAGUACAUUUAAAGUGCUUAGCACAGGGCAGACAUACCAUAGUUUAUUAAUUGCAGAUGUAUGAGUUUUCAUGAACCCUCACAGUGUCUUGAUUAGCUAUUCUCAUUUGGCCUGUUUUUCAGAUGAAGAUACUGAAACAAAGUAAUAUUGAUCAAAGAUAGAAUUCAAGCUCAUAGUUUAUUCAGAGCCCAAGUUCUUAACUAUGCUGUAUAGCUUAUUAUCUUUCUCACUUUUCUACGUGCUAAAAUUGCUGAAAAACCCUCUCAAAGUGUAAUUUUCUACCACUUUUAUCCAGUGAUCACAUGUAUCUUCCAGAAUCUUCAGCCUCCUUGAAAUGAGUCACUUCAGGAGCUUUUCUGUUUAUUAAAGCUUUUCCUUAGUUCUUGCAUGUCUUGAAUAUUCUCAGAGCUAGCAAAUCAUCCCAUAUGGGUAAAGUUGAAGUUUGUUUAAAAAAAAAAAAAAAGACUGAAAUAAUUUAAAGAGAUUUAGUGAAAAAGUAGGCCAUCAAGCUAGGAAAGAAUUACUGAUUUUUGUAAUAAGUGAGGUGAGACUAAUGUCCUGAGGCUGAUACUUCUUGAUGGUGCUAAAAUCAGGGUUUUUCUCUUUAAAUGGUAAAGUUAGAAAGUUGAUUUUGAAGAAUGGUACAGCCAUGAAUUUUUGACCCAAAUUCGUAGGGCCUGCCACUGACUGGGAUAGGGGUCGUAAUGAUAUGUGUAAUUCCCAAGCUUUUCAUAUAUUUUAUCAAAUUCUUAUGAAAAGCUUGCUCCAAUUAUGUAUGAAAGGGCCAUUAUU